AUGGCUGGGAUGUACAAUCAAGACGGCGGCGGAGGUGCGCCUAUCCCGUCGUACGGUGGUGAUGGAUACGGUGGAGGUGGAGGUUAUGGAGGCGGAGGUGGAUACGGCGGACGCGGUGGCGCUGGCGGAGAUGGAUACGGCGGACGCGGUGGUUAUGGUGGCGGCGGCGGAAGAGGAAAUCGUGGCGGUGGAGGUGGUGGAUACCAAGGAGGGGAUCGCGGUGGAAGAGGAGGAGGUGGUGGCGGGAGAGGUGGUGGUGGUAGAGAUGGUGGAGGAAGAGAUGGAGAUUGGCGUUGUCCUAACCCGAGCUGUGGGAACGUGAACUUUGCAAGGAGAGUUGAAUGUAACAAGUGUGGUGCACCUUCUCCUUCUGGUGCUGGUGCUGGAACUGGUGAUCGAGGAGGUGGCGGGUAUAGCCGAGGUGGAGGUUCCAGUGACCGUGGCGGAGACCGUGGGGGUGGUCGUGGAGGUAGAAGUGAUAGUGGUAGGAGCUAUGAGAGUAGUAGAUAUGAUGGUGGCAGUAGGAGCAGUGGUGGUCAGCAGAGAGACAAUGGUUCGUAUGGUCAGGCUCCUCCUCUUGCUCCUAUUCCGUCGUACGAUGGUUCUGGAAGUUACCCUCCACCCUCAGGGUAUGGAAUGGAGGCAGUUCCUCCGCCUUCAAGCUAUGCUGGUGGGCCACCGUCGUAUGGUGGUCCCGCAGGGGGAUAUGGCGGUGAUGCACCGAGCGCUGGUGGUCGGGGUGGUAGAAGUGAUAGUGGUAGGAGUGGUGGCUAUGAUGCUCCUCGUCGCCAGGAAGCCAGUUAUGAAGAUGCACCUGCUGAGAAAGUCAAGCAGUGCGAUGCGGACUGUGGUGAUACUUGUGAUAAUGCCAGAAUAUACAUCUCUAAUUUGCCUCCGGAUGUGACCACUGAUGAACUCAAGGAUCUCUUUGGUGGCAUUGGCCAAGUUGGAAGAAUCAAGCAGAAGCGGGGAUACAAAGAUCAGUGGCCCUAUAAUAUUAAGAUUUACACUGACGAGAAGGGAAACAAUAAAGGUGACGCGGCUCUGGCUUAUGAAGAUCCUAGCGCUGCACACUCUGCAGGCACCUUUUUCAACAAUUAUGAAAUGAGGGGGAACAAGAUUAGUGUAACCAUGGCAGCGAAGUCUGCGCCUCGUCCUCCUGCCUUCGACCAAAGAGGCGGUGGUAGAGGAGGAGGGGGUGGCUAUGGUGGUGGGGGAGACAGAAGAAGAGAUAACUAUGGUUCAGGACCAGACAGAAACCAUCAUGGAGGAAACCGACCUCGUCCAUAUUGA